AUGGUGAAGGUUGUGCAGGAGCAAUGGGAUUUGCAGCGUAUAUUUUGGCGAGAGAAUCAGCAGGACGAUUUGAAAGAAUACUGGUUGACAGUCGUCACCUACGGUAUGACCUCAUCAGCUUACAAUGCUGUGCGAGCAUUAAUACAAUGUGCAAGGGAAGCGGAGCAGGAAUUUCCAAAUGCGGCUAAAGCAAUUAUGGAAGAUUUUUAUAUGGAUGACUGCACCACUGGUGCUGAUUCCGAAGAGCAGGCGAUCGAAUUAUCGAAAGAUAUCAAUCAUGUUUUGAGAGGAGCAGGGUUUGAGCUUAGAAAAUGGAAAUCAAAUUCCAGGGCUCUUGUGAAGGAUAUGAAUUAUGAAGAGCAGGAGUCAAUCUUAUUUGAAGAUGACGAGAAGGCAUCAAUUUUAGGCCUUAAGUGGCUACUUGAGAAGGACCAAUUCACUUUCGUGGUGAAGACACCAGCAAUUGAGCAGGCAAUGACAAAGAGAAGCGUAGUGAGCAGCGUGGCACAACUUUAUGAUCCUAAUGGGUUUAUAGCUCCUGUUACGAUCAUAGGGAAAAUUAUUAUCCAAGACAUAUGGCGUUUGAACGUCGGUUGGGAUGAGACAUUGCCAAGAGAGAUAUAUGAGAGAUGGAGAGAAUUUUGGCAGGAAAUAACAUUCCUAGAGAAUGUGAGAAUUCAGAGAUGGAUAGGUACCUCGAAAGAGAUACACCAGGAAUUACAUGGGUUUUCGGAUGCGUCCGAAAGAGCAUAUGGUGCAGCGAUUUACGUGAGAACGAUAUGUGCAAAUGGCAGGAUUUCAGCAAGUCUCCUCACAGCAAAGACACGGGUUGCACCACUCAAAACAGUGACAAUACCGCGCUUGGAGCUUGCAGCAGCGGAAUUAUUGGGACGACUAGUUGCUAGCGUCAUCAAGACAAUGGAAUGGGCAGGUGUUGAGUACGAGCUCUGGUCAGACUCACUCGUAGCGUUGCAUUGGAUAAACAAACUUCCAUACAAUUUGAAAACAUUCGUAGCAAAUAGAGUCGCGUCUAUACAGACGAACACCGAAGUCAAAAGGUGGAGACAUGUCAGGACGCAGGAUAACCCGGCUGAUCUCCUAAGCAGAGGAAUCAAGCCAUCAGCAUUGGUAAAUAACAACUUAUGGUUGCAUGGGCCGGAAUGGUUGACAAAACCUCGGUGGAGCUGA